AUGGACGAGUCGAUCUGCCAGUAUGGCCGAGUUUACUCGCAGCAUCCACAGCCCUUGCCGGGCUCGUUGCCACGCUGGGAUGAGCGGCUCCGCGACAUCAAGACGGAGGCUCCGCCCUUCAUCUCCACGCUGAAGCCGUCAGCGACUCAGAAGAAUCCCGAGACCUUGAAGCAAUGGUGGUUGAAGAAGUCCCUUUCCUUGCCUGCGCUGAAGCACAACAGCAACCCCGGAGUCGACACUGACUCGCGGCGGAACAGCCUCGCUUGGUUGACUGUCUCAAGAUCUUCCAAGGAAGGUGUCAGCUGCCGGAGGCUGAUGGAGAUGGCGCAGCCCAAGAAUCAGGACACGUUCGUUGCAGACGUUCGAAACCGUUGGCAUGGGCAAAGGAAGCUCUUCGUGCACCAGGUGCCCAAAUGCGCCACGGAGGUGCUGCAGACCCUACCAGGUGCACGGCUCUUUGAAAGACUAGGCUUUGGGCUGGACCUGAUUCAGCAUGUUCUUGCUGGAUACUUGCACGAGCAGAUGAUGUCUGGCCAGGGAGGCUUUGGCAUCACCAAGGAUCCAGAAGAGGCGGACUUGUUUUACAUCCCCGCCUUCUUCUCAGUUCUGUUUUGGAUUGGAGAUUUGCAGGCCCUUCGUUGCGUGGCUGCCACCUUCGACCUAUUGCUGAGCCGUCCCUACUUCUUACGCCACAACGGCCACGACCAGCUGGUGCUUUAUGGGGUGGAGUUUGACUUUUAUCGCUCCUCCAUGGGCUUUGCCUUGACGGACUACCAUCCAUCAGCUGCCAAUUGGAUCAUACUCACGGUCGCUUGCCCUCCACCUUGUGGGGAUGUCAAAGACUCUUGGAGCCUACGUAGCCGCUUCGUGCUGCUGCCCCACGCGUCACGCUGUCGCGACCCGCUGAGACGGGAACAAGGUGUUCCCGAAGUGCCCCGGCGCUUUCGGAUAGGCUAUGUGGGCGCUGUCGGCCAAGACUUUACGGAGCGACAGGCCUUCUUCGAGCUGACAUGUCAUUCUCGGCGCUGGUUGCAGACGGAGGAUGGGCUGUGGCAUGAGUCUGCCCCCUAUACAGCUCGACACUGGUCCCUGGAUCGCAACACCACCAUCCUGGACGCCUUUUUACUCACGGAGCGCUACUACAGACAGGGCUGCCAGGAAUUAGGGCGCAUGAGCCCUUCCAGUCAGUGGAACUUUUGGUGGGUUGAAAAAGGUUGGCGCUGGCGCUUGGUUCCGGAGGCGGAGCCCCCGGAUCACGGCGCCUACUUUCGGAAGGCCUUUUGCAUGCCAUACUAUGCGUUCUCAGAUGGCCGCCUAGGUGAGCAACUUGAGGUGAAAAAUGGCCUAAGACAUCCAGAUGACCAUCAUCAGACGGAGUUCUCACAGGCCGAACAGCGAGAGCAGCCAGUGUUCAACUCGCUGCUUUUUGAGAGCAUCUAUUCACACUCGGAGGUUUGUUUGGUGUUGCGUGGCGACACUGCAGAUGGCACCAAGCGCCUUUGGGACGCGAUCACCCGUGGGUGUGUGCCUGCGUUCGCCUCCAGCUCCAUCCAUUGGCCUUUGCUGCCCUUUUGGACCCAGGUGCCGUGGCAAGAAUUCAGUUUCUUCUUCUACGGUGUGAAUUCCUCUGGCAAAGCAUUCAACGUGCUAGAGACUCUGCGACGGCUUGGGCCCAGCUUGUUGAGACGCAAGCGGCAGCGCUUGCGCCAAUGGCUCCCGUCCUUGGUGGUAGAGCCCCAAACCUGCGGAAUGCGCCGCGCCCACGGGCGGAACCGCACGGGCGCCACCGGCAGCACACCAGCUGCUGCUCGGCUGGCGCCUCCAACGGCCUUGCAGCUGGCGAUGGCCGAGGACCCUUCAGACCCAGAGGCGCCUUCCUUGAUGUGGCUGCUAGCAGAAGAUGGUGCGACCGAGCACUCCCACGUGCGGGUUUGUGACAGGAACUUUGUGGUGCUCAAAGUGAAGCGUUUGCUUCUGAAUAUGGAGAAGGACCCGUUUGCCGGUGUUUUCCGGAGUGGCUGUUGUUCGGAUAUGGUUUGCACUGACGCCCACACGCCCGCUGCUUGGUGCACCACUCCAUGCCCGCCUUUUCGCAUCAGAGAGCGCUUCAAGAUGGCCAGCGUCCUGAAGACAGCAGCACGUGGCAUGGUUUUUGUCGGGCAGGUGUUUUCAAUCGGUGGUCACUUCAUGAAGGUGGCGCAACGAGAGGAUGAGAGGAAGGGAUAUGAUUACUACUCGUAG